GAAAAUCCCUAUAGGUACCACCUUGACCUUGGCUUUGAGUGUCAGUAAAUUUACAGGAACCAAAAUAUGUGCAGCCCAUAACAUUUACCAUGAUGUGAGGAUGCACUAAGCCUGAAAAGGUACUACCACCGGUGGAGGGCCGGGAGCAGCGAGCAGCGACCGUUCGAAGGACGACCGGGUGCCGAGCCUGCGGCCGACGCCCGUUGCAGUCUGCUCAGUGGUCGACACAGCUGUGGAGACGGUCCAACGGUCUCCCUUGAAGAUUGCUGAGCGGAGCUCCAAAAUAUGGACUCUGACGUCCGUCGGCGCGCCGGCCGGCGGGCGCCCGCCGACGGUGGCGCCUCUCGCGGCGCGGUGGAGAAGCAGUCUCGCUCGGCGGCCGGCGGGGGCGGCGGGUCGGCGCGGCCGUACGGCUGGGGUCUGGCGCUGCUCCUGGCGGCGCUGUUCGCCGGUCUGUACGUGCUCGGUCACCAGGUGGAGGAGCGGCACCCGGAGCCGGCGGAACUGGAGGUGAACGCGCGCCGCUUCCUGCGCCGCCUGGUGGCGCUCGGGCCGCGCAUCUGCGGGUCUGAGGAGAAUGAGAGGCAUGCUGUGAAGAUUCUGUUGGACGAGCUGGAGGCGAUCCAAAAGACGGUACCGAGCCAUCACCAGCUCACGAUUGACCGUCAGGUGGUGUCCGGCUCGUUCAAGAUGCAAAGUCUAGACGGGGUGACCAGCGAGUACGCUAAUGUACAGAACAUUGUGGCCCGUCUGGGUCCGGCCGAGCCGUCCGAACACAGCGUGUUAGUCAACUGCCACUUUGACACGGCCAUCGGCAGCCCAGGUGCAAGUGACGACGGCGUUAGUUGCGCCGUCAUGAUGGAGGUCCUGCGGCGCAUCGCGCGGAGUGACGUCAAGCUGCAGCACAACAUCAUCUUCCUCUUCAACGGAGCAGAGGAGAACAUGCUGCAGGCCGCUCAUGGGUUCAUCACGCAGCACAGCUGGGCGUGGUCGGUGCGAGCCCACGUGAACCUGGAGGCGUGCGGCGCCGGUGGCCGCGAGAUCGUCUUUCAGACCGGGCCCGGCCACCCCUGGCUGGUCAAGGCGUACGCCGAGUCUGUGCCCCACCCGUUCGCGCACAUCAUUGGCCAGGAGGUGUUCCAGUCGGGCAUCAUUCCCUCCGACACCGACUUCCGCAUCUUCAGGGACUACGGACGCAUACCAGGUCUGGACACCGCCUUCAUCCGUAACGGGUAUGUGUACCACACACCGUAUGACGACGAGAGACAGAUCACGGCCGGUAGCGUACAGCGGGCCGGGGAGAACGUGGAGGCCAUUCUGCUGCGGCUAGCCACGGAGAAUGACAUCAUCGACGCGCAUAAACAAGAGGUAGGCACCAUGGUGUUCCUGGACUACAUGGGCCUGUUCAUGCUCAUCUACCCGGACUGGUUGAGCGAGCUGAUCUGCCUGGUCGUCGCGCUACUGGCCGGAUACACCAUCUUCGACACGCUCAGGAUCAGAGGUCUGACGGUAUCCCAGCUGCUGCUCUCCGCCGGCGUCCAGCUGUUCUCGUGGCUGGUGGCCGCGGCCGUGGUGGCUGUCAUAGCCAUCGGGCUGGACUCGUGGAAUGCCACCAUGUCAUGGUACGCUGCCCGGGGCUGGAUCAUCGGGCUGUACACGGCGCCCGUGCUGGGAACCCUCAUCUUGGUGCAGCAGGGUCUCUCCGGCCUCCUCUUCCCCAAGCUACGCUCUGACCCGGCGCGCCUCGAGGCGCUGCUGUACGAGUCGCAGCGUCUGCUGCUGGCGGCGCUGAUGAUCGGACUGGCGCUGGUCAGACUCUACUCGUCUGUGGCGUUCAUGCUGCUGCUGCUGGUUCCCACGCUGGUGCGGAGCGUCGUCACGGAGAGGGUUUGUGGAGUCACAUCAGGUCCGGUGCACCUGGCCACCUACAUUCUCAGUCAGCUGGCGCCGGCUGGCUUCCUGCUCAACUUGGUAGCCAUCUCUCUGGAGCUCUUUAUUCCAAUCACUGGUCGGAUGGGCAACUCACUCAACCCAGAGCUGAUCAUAGGCGUCCUGAUGACCGGCUACACGAUACUCUGCAGUCUGUAUGCGAUGACCUCUCUGUCGCUGGUGGGCUGCCACCGCCAGCUGUCUCGCCUUCUGCUGCUCGUCGGCCUCCUCUCGGUGGCACUGGUGACGCUGACACCGCUCGGCUUCCCCUACAGCUCGGAUCGGCCCCACAUCCGCGCCCAACGCGUCUGGGUUCAGCACGUGGAUCGCACGUUCCGGGAGACGGACGGGUCGGUGCGCCGACACGACUCUGGCUUCAUGUUGAUGAACAUGGACCGUAACAGCCCCCGCUCGCUGUCGGACGCGCUGCCGGAGCUGGCGACGGCUGCCAACACGGGCGACGACUGUGACAAGGAGCUCUACUGCGGCGCGCCCUACUACUACCCGUUCCGGCGCCGAGUCUAUGAGAACAGCUACAUCGCCGGGCCGGCGCCGGAGCUGGCCGUCCCGCUCGAGUACCGAACCGGGGUCGAGAAGCGGCCGGACGGCGUGCGUCGGGUUCACUUCAACAUCACAGGUCCCGAUCACAUGACCAUGCAGCUGUCGCCGCGUCCCGGGGUGCAGCUGCUCCGCUGGAACCUGGCCGACGGCGUGCCUCUCACCGGCCAGGAGUUCCAGGGCCGGCCCACCUACUUUCUGUACUUCUCCUGGGGUCGCAGCAGCGCCCCGUGGACCAUCUGGGCCGAUUUCAAGGUCUCUGAGCAGCACGAGACGAGCGACUACCUGACAGAUGCUGUGAUAAACGGUCACCACAUCCACGGGCCGGCCAUGAAGAGCGCCUCACUGCGCGAGUUCCUCGCCCGCCUGCCCGACUGGACGGUGGCGGUCGGAUUCAGCUCGGCUCUGGAGGCCAUUCGAGUGUAGCAGUGAGUCUCCUAUCCAAUGCUCAUGCCAGGCCGUAUCUGAAGGCCGGGGGUGCCCGGCGACGGUCCACAGGGUGUGUGUGUUUGCUAGUCCACAGUCCACGCUUCUCAGAAUGUGGUGAGGUAACGUCAGCGUUUCGUAAAAAUUAGACCUGCCACGUCUCCAAUGUUGAUGUCAAUAGCUGCUAGGCACCUCCAGACCAAGAAUAGGCACAUAUUGAAUUGGGUGAUGGCGUCAGUGUGCUGUUUUAGCGGCGGAACGUCGUGAUUUUAGGUCUGCUGUAUGCGAGUCACGUCAUCCUAGAAGCGUCCCACACGUCUGCGACUUGUGCCCAUUUCCUUGGGCAGCUUCAGCCCAGCUCAGGGCGAGUUCCGCGGGUGUGGCACCUCUCGGCAGUCGGGCCACGGUGGGUGCAGUGCGCUGCGCGAUGUCGGGCCAGUCUCGGCCCGAUUCGUGCGCUUUGGGUACACGCUCAGGUACGCAGCGGCGACUUCGUGUGGUCAGUUUGCAACUCUGCAGCUCAAUGGGAGUGGUGUCAGGGGUCGGGUGUCAGAACAACACUGCGUUGGGGACUUCGCAUUGCCGUCAGUCGAGUACCAGCUUGGGCAAACUGAGGCAUUUUCUCACGUGUGUGUCAGUUCGAUUAGUUGUUUAUUUUUAGCUAGCCAAGUGAGUUUUUAGGUAUGCAUGCUAGCUCAAUAAUUUGUAUCAUCCCGUUCCAAACAGAAUGUGACUUUAUUUGUUGUUUGGGCACGGUAAGGUCAGGCUACUGUUAACAGACUGGACUUGUGUGAAACACCAGGUACAUUUAAUUCUGGUCAGCAUCUGAAGCGUAUGUAUUGCCUCCCUUGCCAUCUAUCCGUUUCGUUAGUUUCCGUUUCGUUGAUGAGCUCACCGUUGUGAUGAGUGAGGCAGCUGAUAUUCUAUAUAUGUCUCACUGUUCAAUGACUGCCCAGUUGAAGCGUGUGUUACCAAAACACGCAGAAAACAUUCCUCGAUAAUGUUGCGUAGUAUUUGGCGUUGUAUUCUUAGGAACCCAGAGCAUCAGUAAGCUCGUUCGGAGGCGUUGAUGUUUUACUUAUUGAUCUUAUCUCCUUUGUUUCCUUUUGUACGUUGUUACUUGUUUGUUCUUUUGUCAAAAAAAAAAAUCAAACUCACUGCUUAACUAGAACGCAAGGUUCUUGCUCCCCGUUCUACAUUACGUUGGCGGUUGGGGUACACAAAUCUCUGAAAGCAAGCUGCGGUUGGGAAGCUUCUGCCCUUCGCAGGAAAUGCCAACUAGAUCGGUUGUUGUUCGUAGGAUCAUCAGUCAAUGUUGACUGAUUUGCUCUUUCUCAAAUGCAGUCGUGCAUUGAUGCGCCUCUCACAGAGGACGUAGCAGGGACGUAACUUGAGUAGACGUAUGUGAUCCCUAGACCAACGAACCAACGAAGCACUUUGAGCUUACGCGUCGCGGACCUUUAACCGUACCCCUUCCAAAAGUAGGCUGUGGUGUCUGAAAAACGCGGUAAUGGGUGCAAAAACAUGUCCCUUCAACUAAUUAACAUCAACACCUUGUGAAAAUAUGCAUGCGAAUGUGAUAAGCCCGUAUCAAGUGCAAUGUUGUUUGGUCAUUUUAGCCUCCCGAUUAUUUAUGUGGAGUGUCGUACACCGUGCACCAACUGUGUAGUAAGUUCGUAAUACCUCGUAAUUUGUCCAGUGUUGAGAUUAGACGGCAUGCUGUUAGACGGCAUAUCUUUUGUUGCUGCUGUGCACUCCCAUAUGCAUCGUUUGACAAAUACAGAUAUGCGAUAGUGCAAACUGAGAUA